AUGAGCUAAGAGUAGGAUGUCGUGAGAGCAUAAUCAAAGUUAAAAAAGUUUCGGGAGAUCUGUGAGGAUCUUGAUCAAUAGAAGGAUGGCUAUGUCAGCACUAAGGUAUUCGUGAAUGUGCUUCAGAAUAUGAAGGAAGGCAGGAAACUUAAUGAGACUGAUAUACAGUGGAUGCAGAACAACAGCUCUAUCAAGGGCAAAGUUAAUUACAAACAUGGCCUCAGUAGAUAAGUGCCUGAAAGUAAAUCAUAUGCGCAUCUAUAAAAAUCUGAGUACCAAACCAAGUAGGAUCAUAGAAAGAUGCAGCAGAAUAUGAUGAGAAGCGAUUUAGAGAGCUUUCAACACCCUAAUGAUAGCCUCAUUGAGCAUUUCUACAGGAAGAACCAGAUUGAGUACCCUGAAUAUCAAUAUACAGGAAAAGGGACAUUCAGCACUAAGAACGAUCAAAUAUGCAGUAUAUCAGCAGAGCCAAAAAGAUCAAAGAGCAGUGGAAAGCACUAUGUGGGUUAGAGAAAUCUCUGGAUGAGUAGUAACGGAUUCAAGCAUUCAUUCUACAACAGAGAUUCCAAUACAAGCGACAAUCUGUAUAACUCUGACGUUUCAACGAUUGAAAAGCAAAUGCAAAAUAAGCUCAGCUAUACUGUUGGGUGUUUUAAGGAUUAAGUUCCGAAAUUUGAUCUAAGAAGGUUGUACCACCUGAGAUAAUACUUGCUGACUCAAUAAAACAAAAACCAUUACGUUUAGAACUCAGAUUAACUCCUCAACAAAAUGAAAAAAAUCAUUAAAAACGAUAUAGCUUAUAAUCUGAUAGAAAAACUCAUGAACUAAGGAGACACUUUGAAUGUCCAGAAUCUAAAUGCAUUAAUUGGAAGACUUGAGGACUCGUCCUACUAUAGAUCAUAUUCUAGAGAUUAGAAAUAUAUUGGCUCUAUAAAGCAGCGAAAUAAAUUGGACUCCAAUUUAAGUGGCAAGAUACAAUACAUACAUCAUAUGUUUGACUAAAAAUUCAAGUCAUUUCAUCAAGCAUUUCAGUACUUUGAUCUAAGUAAGAAAGGCUACUUUACCUCAGCAGAGUGGUUAAAAGGCCUUAGAGAACUUGGUCAAGACUGCUUAUUUGAAAAUGAAAUUCAAGGGAUAUUUAGCUAUCUUGAUAAAAGUCAGACAGGUCAAGUGUCGAUUGAGUAAUUCAAAGAUGUGCUCUACUAUUAGAGAAAUUUGAACAUCAAUAAUGACUAUAAUUCUACUCCUAAAAUCAAUAAUUAACAAAGUACAGCUAGUAAUUUAACUAGCAAGUUGAAUUCCUCAAGCUUUGAAGUGAAUAACAAGAUUAACAAACAAGACUUCAUUUCAUCUGAUGCCAAAAGUUUCAAAACUAGAGGUUUAAAGAUUAAGCAAUACCUAUAGAGCAACGGCUAGGUCUAUGGUAAAAAGGCUGAGCGAUCUGAAAGCAUUGAUAAAAUAAUCAAUUAUGAGCAUAAUAGAACAUUUUGUGAGAACCUAAUGUCAAGGUAGAAGUUAUAUCAAAAUAGAAAUGACAGUAUAAAGAAGGAUUUAUACGGCUAUAGUGAAUAUAAACUGAAUAAGGCUUUUGAAAUCAGAAGUUAUUCAAAUUCUCACAAACUGUAUUAAUGA